AAGACUUAAAAUAUAUCAGAUGGUAUGAUCCACGACGUAACGUCCAAAAAAGAAGUAGUUGUACAAACGUGCAUACGUACGCACGUACAUAGUUUAAUUAUUAUGAUAAAUAAUUUAUCGUACAUGCACUAAUUAUAGCUAUAAGGGAUGGGUGCAUGGCAUUUGCUCUUGUUUAUUUACUGAAGGAAACCUAUCAUCAUAAUAUGGUCUUUAACUGUUCAAUGUUUGAUUUACAAUUAGAAAAUAACAGCGAUGUCUACAAGCAUAGGUAUAGCUACAAAUCAAUUGAAUAAUGCGGGGGAUAUUUACGUUCAACUUAGAGUGAUAAUAGUUCAACGCGUUGAUGAUAAAACUGAAUUGGCUGUUGAAAAUAUUUGCCUUUUUUAAUCUGGUCAGUUAUGAGAUGUUUGUUCCGAGUAUAGGAGCAUGCAAUUUAUAAGCACGAUUGCAGAAUUUCGUCAUAUUAUUCGCGGAGGCAGAUGACCUCGGAACCGACAAUCAAAGAAUGCAAUGGAGCGUGAAGCAAAGUGGCCUAUAGGUUGUAUCGAUGGUAUAUCUCUGCUAUAAUUUUCAUACCCUAUUUAAUGUCCCCCAUAGCGAUAAAUAUUUAGGUAUAAACACAUUCGGUAGUACCCUUCGGUAAUGGAUCAAUAAUAUAAUCAUUAUUAUUAUCGGUGAAAAUAUUUUCCAGGGAUAUCACGUCGAUAAGAUUUACCGAUCUAAACCAAUGAAUAACUUGAAAGUUUUACUACUUUCUCGAUUCAAAAAAGAAAUAAUAUAGUGUACGUCACAUCGUUGCGUCGAAACCUAUUUACGCAGCUCCGAUAUCAGACUGAUCCUGAUUUUAUAACAUAUCCCCCGAUCGCGUGGUCAGUGGCUGUGCGAUUCCUUGCAUGCCCAUGUGAUUUACAUGUACUUCUUAAGCUGAUAUCGGAAUUACAUUGAUAUUCAGGUUAUCUAUAGUAACCGUCAAUUGAUAUUUUUACAAUUGGUCUACUACGGUUAUACUUACCGAUAUAGACAAGAUAUAGUUCGUGCAGAUAAGGGGCGCUUCUAAUUGUCAUCGGACGCCAGAUAAAUGUUAUAAAUAGGUAUAGGUCGGACUAUCAUGAUCGUUCAAGUGAAAUUAUCUCAUCACGAGUUCUCAAAUAAAUUUGUUUUCAGAUACAGUGCAGCGAGUAGCCCGUUGUAGUAUUUGCAACGCGUGAUGCAGAGGUCAUGCAUUUCAGUCUUUCAACUCUACUGUAUAGGCGUGUGACAAUUGAGAAAAGAAUGCAGUCCGGUAAUCGAGAUCUGGAAGGAAGAGUCCUGGUCAUUUACACAGGCGGAACAAUCGGGAUGACCAGAAAUAACACCGGAGCCCUCGUCCCGACGUCGAAUUCUAUCGUCAAACUGCUGCGAAAUUAUCCUCAGAUGCACGAUGAGGAGUACGCCUCGAAAAGUUUCGGCGAUGACGGACCUCUGGUGUUGCCGAUCACCUCCGAAAAGCGGAGAGUCAUCUACAGCGUCAAGGAAUACGACAAGCUCAUCGAUUCCAGUAACGCGAUAGCCGAGGACUGGAUUUACCUAGCAAAGGAUAUAAAGCGCCAUUACACAGAUUAUGACGGAUUCGUGAUACUCCACGGAACAGACACGCUGAGCUACACCGCCUCGGCUCUUUCCUUCAUGUUGAAUAAUUUAGGUAAAACCGUGAUAGUCACCGGCUCUCAAAUAUCAAUUUUCGAACCUCGGAGCGACGGUUUCGAUAAUUUUCUCACUUCCCUUCUGAUCGCCGGCAACUACAACAUUCCCGAAGUCUGCGUUUUCUUCGCCAAUCAGUUAAUGCGCGGUAAUCGUACCAGCAAGAGGACUACAGAUGCUUUCAAAGCUUUUCAUUCGCCGAAUUACGCGCCUCUCGCUAUCGCCGGUAUUACAAUAGAUGUCGAUUAUCGAUUAAUAUUUCGUCCCCAAACUCUGGAGAAGUUCGACGUCGACACAAGGCUCUGCGAGGACGUCACAAUGCUUCGAUUAUUCCCUGGUAUCACAACAGCGAUGAUAAGGGUGGCGGUCCAGCCCCCGACCAAAGGGAUGAUCCUACAGUCUUACGGAGCAGGAAAUAUGCCUUCGAAUCGAAAAGACAUUCUAGAGGAAUUUCGAAAGGCUGUCGCAGAGGGCGUCAUCAUAAUCAACAUCACUCAGUGUUCGCAGGGAACGGUCAGCGCGAUUUAUGAAACUGGGGCCGCGCUUCGAGACGCCGGUGUUUUAUCUGGAUCCGACAUGACUCCGGAAGCCGCGUACACAAAGCUGGCUUACGUUCUGGCAAAGCCCGAGUGGGACUUGAAGAAGAAGCGUGAAAUUAUGUCAAAAAAUAUCAGGGGCGAAUUGACCGCUGAUCAAAGGUCACCACGUAAGGACAGCGAUCUCUUGGAUGCUGUCGCCAGGAAUUUGGAUCUCACUUCUCAAAAUGAUAUUCUUCAGCUGAGAAAUAUCCUGUUCCCAGGAAUGGUGGGGUCCGCGAUAAUGAAUCAGGAUAUUGAGAAACUCAAAGAGAUAAAACAAUACGGUUCUGAUUUUUGCGAGACUAACGCCGACUUACGAACACCCCUUCAUUUUGCGGCUUCUGAGGGAUGCUUGAAAGUCGUUCGUUAUCUUCUAGAGAAUGGUGCUAGUGUUCAUUUGCGCGAUAAAUUCGAUCGAACUCCGUUGAUCGAUGCAAUCGACAAUGAUCACCACGAGGUGAUCAAAUUACUGGUCCAGUGUGGAGCCCACAUAUCCGGAUGUGGCUUGUGGCUUGGUCAGCGACUUUGUUCAGCUGCGGCAUCGGGUAACCUCAAGAAAUUAGUAUCGUACUAUCUGGCAGGUGUUAAUCUAUCCGAACGAGAUGUGUCUGGUAGAAUAGCACUACAUUUUGGUGCCUUGCAUAACCAAGGAGAAGUCGUAAAAUUUUUACUUGAUCGCGGUGCCGAUCCAGAAGCUGUUGAUAUGCUCGGUCAGACUCCUCGACAACUCGCGAAUCUUGCAUCUGCAAACGAAGUCAUAGAACUUUUUAGACCGGUCAGUCUCAGUAGAUGAAAUCAAUUCAUAUCACAGCUUAUCCAUCAUCAUGCAUGAUCAUGUUUAUGAUGACGCCAACGAAAUUAUUCACAACAUGUGUAUUACAUUCGUAAAACUUGAACUAUGAAAUAUUUCUGACAACUUAUCAUACGGAUAGUUACACAUGUAUUAAACUAUUCGUUUGGCUGCACUUACCAUCAUUGUGACUCGUUAAGUGUAAAUAAAAAAAAAUGCAUUCAUUUUUACAUCAUCAAUCGAUGAGCUGUGAUGAGAACAUUCAGCUGUAUAUUGUCACAGUUAUAAUAUUUAUGUUUAAAAGCAUGCAAUUCGUUGAAUAAACCUUGUAAACCCAA